UGUUAGUGUUGAUAGGAUUAUUUAUUUUAGUGAUCUAGCAUGUAUAGAAAACACAAGAAUGGAUAGAUGUGCCUUUCAUGCAUUGUGUAACAUGCUUAAAAGGGAUGGAAGGUUAGAACCAAGUAGGAAUAUGGGUGUUGAAGAAAUGGUUGCCAUGUUUUUACAUAUUAUAGCACAUGACGUCAAAAUUAGAGUAAUAAAGAGACAAUUUGUGAGAUCUGAAGAAACAAUUAGUAGGCGAUUUAAUGAUGUAUUGCUUGCUAUUUUGAGAUGUCAUAAUCUCUUACUGAAGAAACCUCAACCAUUUAGCCAGGAUAAAAUGGAUGAACGAUGGAAAUGGUUCAAGGAUUGCCUAGGAGCUUUAGAUUGUACUCAUAUCAAAGUCAAUGUCCUUGAGGCUGAUAAGCCUAGAUAUCGAAACAGAAAAGGUGACAUAACAACCAAUGUGCUUGGAGUGGUUGCUCCCGAUAUGCAAUUUAUCUACGUACUGGCGGGUUGGGAGGGUUCAGCUGCGGAUUCUAGGGUAUUGCGAGAUGCACUAUUUCGCAAUGGGUUUAGUGUUCCCCAAGGUCAUUAUUACUUAUGUGAUGCUGGAUACAUGAAUUGUGAAGGAUUUUUGGCACCUUAUAGAGGACAAAAAUAUCAUUUGAGUGAGUUUAAUUCACAUAAUCAACCUAGUACGGCCCAAGAACUUUUUAAUAUGAAACACUCACAAGCUAGAAAUGUCAUUGAAAGGGCAUUUGGAGUAUUGAAAGCAAGAUGGGGAAUUUUAAGAGGAAGGUCAUUUUAUCCUAUUAAAACUCAAGGAAGAAUUAUAACUGCAUGUUGCCUUUUGCAUAAUCACAUUAGAAGAGUGAUGGUUGUGGAUCCUAUUGAUGAGAUAGUAGAUCAAAAUAUGCUUGGAGUAGAUGGGGGGACGAUCCACCAUAUUGAGACGAGCGAUGCUUGGGGUAGAUGGAGGGAUCAACUUGCACAAGAAAUGUGGAACCAAUGGAGGAGAAGACAUCAUACACGAUAAUUAUGUUCAUUUUUCUAUGUAUAAGGCUGUCUAUUGUAACAUUGAUUUCAUUUUAUUGAUGUGGUUGCGUUCUUGUACAAGAGUUGUGCAUGUAUGCUUAUUAGUGCAAGUAAUUUUUUACU